UCUCUCUCUCUCGGAGUCGUCCGGCACAUUUUUGGCACAUAUAUUUAAUUUUUGAAUAUUUCAAGCAAUGCAAGUGCAUCUGCGUUUGCUAGCUAAUUAACCAAGAAAGUACAAAAUAGCAAACAACACACAAGAUGCAAUUGGGAUCCAAGCUGCAUGUGUAUAAGGGCGAAUGGGGCCUACCAACAAUUGAUUUCGAAUGUAUGCGUGUCUUGUGCUUACUGCGCUUCACCCGCUGUCCCGUAGACGUCGAGACCAAUUCAAAUCCAUUGCGUUCGGGCGCCGGCAAGUUGCCCUAUCUUCAAAUUGGCAACGACAAAUUCAUUGGCUACAAGGAGAUCAAACGUGUGCUGGAUCUUGAGGGUUAUCCCGUUGAUGCCAAGCUAUCCACGAAACAGAAGCAUCUGUCCGCCACAUAUACCAAUUGGGUAUUCACACAACUUCAUGCUUACUAUCAUUACUUUCUGUAUGGCGAACCAAACAAUUAUGAGACUACCACACGUGGAUUAUACGCCAAGCGAACGCCAUUCCCCUUUAACUUCUACUAUCCAUCAACGUAUCAACGCGAAGCUUGCGAUGUUGUCCAAGUGCUUGGCGGUUUCGAUAUCAACGAUAAGCUGGAGAAGCACGAAAGUGACUAUCUGGUGACUAAUGCCAAAAAGUGCGUCAACUUGUUGUCGCGAAAAUUGGGACGCAAAGUUUGGUUCUUUGGUGAUCACUUCAGUGAAUUGGAUGCCAUUGUCUACAGCUACUUGUCCAUCAUAUCGAAAAUAACACUGCCCAAUAAUCCGCUACAAAACCACAUAAAAGGCUGUCAAAAUCUUUUGAAUUUCAUCAGUCGUAUCUCUCGCGACAUAUUCCGCAAUGAAUGUUAUAGUUCCGUUAAACUAACGAAAUCAUCUGGACACUCUGACAGCACAUUAACGCCAUCGGAACGUAAGUUUAUGGAGACCGAAUUAAAUACAAAGAUUGCCGCCGGCAUUGGCGCUGCACUGGCAAUGGGAGCGUUUGCUGCUUGGCGUGGUAUUUACACCCAGUUAACACGUUCGUCCACGGAUUAUGAUGGCAUCGACUAUGAGGACGAUGAAUUGGACGAGGAAGUUUUGGAAUAGUCCCAGCUCUUAGCACAGCUAAUAGAUAAUAGUCUCUAUAUAUAUUUAACGCAUUCAAAGGGAAUGAAAAACGGCGCACAGCAAAAUAAGUCCAAAAACUGAAGAAGAAAGUUGUAUAUAACAUUUUUAAAGAGAUAUACAUAUAUACAAGAACUAUAUAAAAAUGCAUAUUGCGCCCACUUGUCAUUCGUUUUUAAACUAUUUACUAUAUGUGAAAUUCUAUGUUAGAAACAGAAAAAAGAAAAGAACAACAACCAAAGCGUAAUAAAAAGCUAUUGUUAUUUGUAACUAAAUUUGAA